AUGCCUGUUCCGCCGGCGGAUGUCUUCGGGGUUGUAUACAUCAUCGAAAAUGCUCAGCAGUUUUGGUCUGAGCUGGAAGACAUGCUCAAUGUUUCCGACGGCCUGACCCUCGAACGACUAGAUGCCACCCUGCGACGUUUCGUCUCGUUCUGCGCGGCAUAUCACGAACAGUACCUGCAAAGUCCAUUGCAGAUGGAGCACGCAUGCGACCUCCUCAUCGCCUCGGAGCUGUUCCAAUUCCAUUCCCAGCGCAUGACCAGGAUCUUGUGUGACGAUACCCAGAAGGCCACAGACCCUCAUCAGCAGCUCAUCCUCUACGGCGUCCUGCUGGCCUACGGGAGACGGAAAGCGAGUUUCCUGCGCGAUCAGAAGCGUUGGCAACCACUGCUUCCCUUGCUCAUGGACAAUGUCCUAGUGGAUGUUGAUCCGGACGUGGAGGAUACGUUCUCAGGCACGACUUCCGGUGGGAGUGGGUAUCAGCGGGCGGUCGCAGUACCGAUCGAAGCCAAGCUGCGGACACAAUCUGUGCGCAUUCUUUAUGAAGUCUGUAGAGUGCAGAAGAUGACGAUCCAAGAACUAGACAGCUUCAGUGACUCCUUCAUUGACUAUCUGUUCGAUCUCAUCGAGCAGACACGGCAUAUGCAAGAUGAGACCUUCAAUUAUUCUGUGAUAAAAUUACUCGUCGCUCUUAAUGAGCAAUUCAUGGUGGCCGCGCUGCAUUCUCAAGAAGAGAAUGGUGGUGGCAAGCAAAACCACGGAGAUCGUCACAAGACGGAGAACGACAACCGCGUCUUGCAGGUGCUUAUGACACGGCGAGGGUCGAGCAUGACGUUCGGCGAAAACAUGAUAUUCAUGCUCAAUCGUGCCAGUCGCAGCCCCGAAGAUCUCUGUAUGCAAUUGCUGGUCUUGAAGCUGCUCUACCUUUUGUUCAGAACAGAAGGCAUGUCUGAGUACUUCUACACGAAUGAUCUUUGUGUCUUGGUCGAUGUAUUCUUGCGAGAAAUCGGUAACAUCGACGAAGAUAAUGAGUCGCUUCGACAUACAUACCUUCGAGUCUUGCAUCCGCUCCUGACAAAGACACAACUCCGUUCAAUGCCCUACAAACGCGGACAGAUCGUACACACACUGGAGUCGCUCAUCGAGAACGAGUCCAUCCGGGACAUCGACCCUACGACGAAGCGGCUCGUCCUGCGCUGCCUUGCGGGCGACUGGUGCGUCCAGUUCCGCAAGAAGACCAGCGACACGCCCAGGCGCGUCGACAGCCCCGCGCUCUCCUCUACCUCUGCCAUCUCAGUGCCACAGAGCAUCAACUCGCCCACCACGCGGCCGGACCGCUCGAACUCCUUCCGCGGCAAGAACGCGAAGGCGAGCCGCAGCGCGGAGAACCUGCUUGACAUGGGCAGCAUGUCCCGGCGGCCGUCCGACCAACGGACGCCGCGCGGAGGGUAUUUCGAGGGCCUGCGCCAGCCGAGCGCGGACAGCACGAUGAGCCUCCCACGGAUCGUGACCGCAUCGACCUCCACGGCGGCCUCAUCCGUGCCGAAGCCCCGCCAUCGCGCAGGCUCGAUGGACACGGAGGCGACGACCGCGGCGUUCUCGACGCUCACAACGCGCGAGCGGAGCGAUUACAACUCGCCGACGUCCGCGCCGGCCGCGCAGGCGUCGAUGGUAAUGGAGCCUGCGUCGCCUCUGGCCAUAGUGGAGCCGCCGGACUCGCCUGUAUCAGUGCUCUCCUCUUCGUCGUCGUCGACGAUGAACUCCAAGCCGCACAGGAGGGCAGCACCUCCACCGCCCGCCAAGCGGAGGAAGCCACCAGCGGUGCCAGCUGGGCGGGCACCGGCAGGCCAUGCGUUCAGCGCAAUAGGUGCUUCGUCUUCGCAGCCCAGCUUGACUUCGCUCUUGCCUCGAAGACAGUGA